AUGGCAUCCGAACCAUACCUCGCCCCGGAACGGCCGGAGCUUCUCGAGAGUCCUUACUACUUCCGCAACAAAGAGUCACUUCUUCGGGAAUGGAACCAUUCCUACCUGCGCUCUUGUGUGGCAGGCUUCCCGGAUGUGACGUUCACAUCGGAUUCGCCCAAAUGGUCCAUCUACCGCAGUGGUGAAUUUCGAAGGCCUCGUGCUGAUCCGAGUCCAGUGGAAACCCGAGCUCCUGUUAUUGCCGAUGUUGAGAAAACCACGAUUGGAGGCCGGCCGAUAAUGACGAUCACCCAGAUCGCGAGGCCUGCCCGACUAAGCGUCAACGGCAUGCCGUUAAAGCCCAAUCUCCCGUGCCCGCUCUCAGAAAACGACAUCGUAUUCAUUGACGGUCUAAGAUAUAUGUAUCGCAGCCUUGACAACGUUGAGGCCCCACCACGCGCCUCUCAGUACGGUAUCACCGAGUCAAAGGUUGUGAAUGGAGGUCAAGGGAUCGUUGGGUCUGUGCCGAUCCGGUUUGGCCAGGUAGCGAGCAUGUCUUGCGCCGUGGCAGUCAAACACCUUAUCGUGCGACCCGCCUGCGUUGACCAGACCGCCAUGCAGCUGAGCGUGUGGAAGAGCCUCAGCCAUCCGAACAUAACACCUUUUCUGCACUGGUAUGCCGAGGAUAUCAAAGAAGACGAAGAAGACGAAGAAGCCGAAGAGAACGGGAAAGUCGAAGUGUCCAUGCCGAUUGGUGUGGUCACGCCCGCAGCGCCGCACGGUGAUCUGAAACAGUACGUCAUAACCAAGGGAUCGCUCUCCCCAAAGUUCGCUCGCCUCGUCCUGAAGCAGAUCAUCGACGGCCUUGAGUACAUCCAUUUCAGAGGCAUAUUCCAUCGCGAUGUCAAGCCCGCGAAUGUUCUUGUAUUCGACAAAUCUCUCGAUGCGAUCACAGUCAAAUUAUGCGACUUCAGCAAGUCCGUCCUUAAGCCGAAAGAUGACCAGCGUCCAUACCCCCAGGAAGGAACCGCUGCUUGGGCUCCACCAGAGGUCCUGAGCCAUCACUACAACGCGUCCAGCGAGGCGUUCGGGGUCGGAGCGAUCCUGUUCUAUGUGUGA